CGUUCCGUUCUUGAAUCAAUUUUUCGACCAAUCGUUGUUAUGAGUGUUCAAUGUUCAUUGUGUAUCGUCGUCGUCAAGCAACUAUCGGCUCAAGAAAAAGAAAGCCGCCACACCAGCAGCCGGAUCUAAGGCAGCCACUCCUGCCGCCGGUUCAAAGGCGGCCACUCCUGCCGCCGGUUCAAAGGCGGGUACGCCUGCCGCUGGAUCUAAAGCGGGUACUCCCGCUGCCGGAUCUAAAGCAGCGUCCCCUGCCAAAUCGACGGCACCAGCCAAAAAUGGAAAAGCCGCACCGGCUGCUGCAAAUGGAGCCAAACCAGCUGACGCUGCACCAGCAGGUCCACCCGAUCCGGUCGAGGAGGUUGUCACACACUCACUCGAUCGAACGAACGAACACACUCAAUGCAAAAUUCAAUUGGACUCUUUAGGAAUACUCACGAGCACAUACACACACACAUCAUAAUACCAUUGCUGGAUUCAUCGUUUUUUCCUAAUCGCUUCAUUUGUUUUUCUCGUUUUCGAAUUUCUCUAGGCAAAGAAGGCCAAACAGGCCGAAAUCGAGCGCAAACGUGCCGAAGUACGUAAGCGUAUGGAGGAAGCUUCAAAGGCCAAAAAAGCAAAGAAAGGUUUCAUGACACCGGAAAGAAAGAAGAAGCUCCGUUUGUUGCUCCGUAAGAAAGCCGCUGAAGAAUUGAAGAAAGAACAAGAACGUAAAGCUGCUGAACGUAGACGCAUCAUUUUAGAACGUUGCGGUGAGCCAAAACCGGUUGAAGGUGCCAACCAAGAACAACUCAAGUCGAUUUUGAAAGCUUACCAUGAUCGGAUUAGAGCUUUGGAAGACAAAAAAUACGACGUCGAAUACAUUGUCAAACGGAAAGAUGUUGAGAUCAACGACCUUAACGCCCAAGUCAAUGACCUCCGUGGUAAAUUUGUUAAACCAACUCUCAAGAAGGUUUCCAAAUACGAGAACAAAUUCGCCAAAUUGCAAAAGAAGGCUGCCGAAUUCAACUUCCGUAACCAACUUAAGGUGGUCAAGAAGAAGGAGUUCACCUUGGAAGAAGAAGAAAAAGAGAAACCAAAAAUCGUAAUGGAAAAGAAGGAUUCGAUCAAAGAAGAGCCGAAAGUGGAAGAACCACCGAAGGAAGAGGAAAAGAAAGAAGAAAAGAAAGAUGAAAAGAAAGAUGAAAAGAAGAAAUCUCACCACAGCAGUCAUGGUAAAAAAGAAAAGACUCCAACCAAAGAUAAAAAGAAGUAAAAAACCGGACUGGUCCAAGGGCAAGCCAGGUGAUGCAAAGGUAAAGGAAGAAGCUGAGGGCGUUGAAGCAUAAACCAAGAAAAAAUGAAACCGAAAUGUAUAAUUAACACCAUCAAUCCAACAAUUUCAAUAAAAAAAAUCUAAUUGAAAAAAAAAAACAAAAACCAAAAUCACCCGAAUAUAUUUACAAAUUUGUAUGUAAUCUCAACAAA